CCUGCGCAGGCUGCAUGGUGGACGGCGUGAUGCGUGAGGAAGGCUCCAUCUGGACGGUGGAUCAGCAGUCAUGCAGGAGCUGCACAUGUCUGCACGGGGAGGCCCAGUGCCAUGAGGUCAUGUGCCCCCAGAUAUCCUGCCAGAAAGUCUGCCGGGGGGAUGAUGAAUGUGCCAACACGUGCUGCUACAAUGGACGCAGCUACAAAAAUGAGGAGACAUUCAGUGACCCCAAAGACCACUGCAAGUCUUGCGUCUGUCAGACUGGCAAAGUGAUUUGCAGGGCAGUGGCCUGCUUGGAUGUGAGAUGCUCCAAUCCUUAUACGCCACCAGGAGAGUGCUGUCCCAGGUGUUCAGAAUGCACCUUCGAGAAUGCUGUGUACCUCGAUGGUCACCAGUUUCCCAACCCAAGGGACCCAUGUCAACAGUGCACUUGUUUGAGGGGUGAGGUGACCUGCGAGUACCACCAGUACCCUCAGUCCCAUUGUAACCACCCCCAGCGUACAUCCUAUUGCCAGGACAACCGCAACGAUUGCUACUAUGCCGGGGAACAGUACGUCAAUGGAAUGGAGUUUGUCCACCCUACCAACAAAUGCAAGACAUGCCGCUGUGUUAAUGGCCAUGUCCAAUGCUUGAUGACGACCCGUCCCCCAUCUCAGUGCAGCGACCCUCAUCUGGUUCCUGGAGAGUGCCACCCUCGAUGUUCUGAUGAAUGCCUUUAUGUGGGACGCAUAUAUAGACACUCAGAGCACUUCCAAGACCCACAAGAUAGGCGCAGGUCAUGUAUCUGCAGCAGUGGGGAAGUGACCUGCCAGGACUACAGGCCCCCCCAGAACCGCUGCUAUCCUGAAGUUAAAACAGCAACAGGUUCAGGUGAAGAAGGAGAGAAUGACGAUCAAAGGAAGCUUGAGCCCCACCCAAUCAAUUGCCCUGAGCACCAAGAUCGUGGUGACUCCCAACCACGCUGUGGGCCACAGCUAGUCCACCAGUGCCCACACACUACCCAAAAUCCUUGCCCACGACAACCUCCUAACCCCAAUCCUUGCAUAGGGGACCAACCUUGCGAAGUCCAAAAUCCUUGCCCACGACAACCUCCUAACCCCAAUCCUUGCACAGGGGACCAACCUAGCGAAGUCCAAAAUCCUUGCCCACGACAUCCCCCUAACCCCAAUCCUUGCACAGGGGACCAACCUNGCGAAGUCCAAAAUCCUUGCCCACGACAUCCCCCUAACCCCAAUCCUUGCACAGGGGACCAACCUUGCGAAGUCCAAAAUAUUUACCCACGACAUCCCCCUAACCCCAAUCCUUGCACAGGGGACCAACCUUGCGAAGUCCGCACACAUCACAGAUCCCUAAGACUAAGGAAGGCCCGCAGACCUGCAGCAGCUAAUCCAUUUCAACUACUCCCAACGACCAAGGCUUAAGUGGCAUCCAAGUCCUGAUUAGAAGAAACGGAAGUGAAAGGAGACCACUGGAUAUGUUAUUUUCUGGAACAAAUGUACAAGAUGCCAUUUGCAUCUUCCCACCUCUUAUGUGCCAAGUCACUUAUGUGACAUCUUUUUCAUUUAGCUAACAUAAAGGUGCAGGCAGAAACACAAAAUAAUUUUAUGUAUUAUUCUUACAGGCUUGUAGGUUUUACAGCUGGAAUUUAGUGUGUACACUUUUGAAAAUUAUCACAGUACAAGGAAGUUUAAAUACUUCCAUAAAAUACUUAUUAUGACCAUAGCUUAUCGAUGUCAUGUGGAUUACAGCUUAAGGUAGUCACACAAGCAACACAGUAUUGUAUAUCUUCUCAUAAAGAGGAAUUAAAAGGCUCCUUUACUGAAA